UCCUCGUGGGGGGCUGUCACCCCCCGUCGCUUGGGGACGGGGCUUCGGAGCAGAGCUGGGGCUCGCCACGCGCCAGCGCGCUCGCUGGGGCUUUUCCCUUGGCCGUGGCCUUCCUCCCAUGCCGCCUCCUCCUCGCCGAGUCGGGCUGAGAUGCAGCAGCGCUGGCCCCGAGCGGCCCUCUUGCCUGGCCUGGCUCUCCGGGGGCUUUCCAGGCGUUAAUCGGCUCAGAGAGGGAAGGAGGGCACGUUAUCCCUUCUUACGGCGUGGGGGAGGAGAGCUGGGACGUGACCGCGCCGGGAGUGGGUGUCGGAGGAGGGAUCCGGCCUCCUGGCAUUCCCGGCGGUGCCGUGAUGCCGAGGGGCUUUUCCUCCCUCUCCCACGAGCGUGACGCAGCGCCGCACGGGGAUGCUCGCGGAUCCGGCAGGCGCGGUUUGCGGAGGGAGGAUUCGGCUUCGCCGGUCCUGGGCGAGGGCUCCCGUCGAAGAGGUCCCCCCCGGGACGCAGCGGCAGGUGCCCUCGGCUCGAGGGAGGAGCCCGAGUUCGUGACCGCUCGCGCUGGCGAGAGCGUGAUCCUGGGAUGCGACGUGAUCCACCCGCUCACGGGGCAGCCCCCUCCCUAUGUCGUGGAGUGGUUCAAGUUCGGCGUCCCCAUACCCAUCUUCAUCAAGUUUGGGUUUUACCCUCCCCAUGUCGACCCGGAGUAUGCCGGCCGGGCCAGCCUGCACGACAAAGCUUCCCUGCGCAUUGAGCAGGUCCGCUCCGAGGACCAGGGCUGGUACGAGUGCAAAGUGCUCAUGCUGGACCAGCAGUACGACACCUUCCACAACGGCAGCUGGGUCCACCUCACGGUCAACGCUCCCCCCACUUUCACGGAGACGCCGCCGCAGUACGUAGAAGCGAAGGAAGGCAGCAGCGUCACCUUGACCUGCAUGGCGUUCGGGAACCCCAAGCCCAUCGUCACCUGGCUGAAAGAGGGAGAACUUUUGGGUGCCAAUGGCAAGUACCAGGUGAGCGACGGGAGCCUGACGGUGCUCUCCGUCAGCCGGGAGGACAGGGGUGCCUACACCUGCCGGGCGUACAGCAUCCAGGGAGAGGCUGUGCACACCACGCGCCUGCUCGUUCAAGGACCUCCCUUCAUCGUUUCCCCUCCGGAGAACAUCACGGUCAACAUCUCCCAGGAUGCGCUCUUCACCUGCCAGGCCGAGGCGUACCCCGGGAACCUCACCUACCUGUGGUACUGGGAGGAGGAGAACGUCUACUUCAAGAACGACCUGAAGUUGAGGGUGCGGAUCCUGAUCGAUGGGACGCUGAUCAUUUUCCGUGUCAAGCCAGAGGAUGCUGGAAAAUACACCUGUAUCCCCAGCAACAGCCUGGGCCGCUCGCCAUCAGCCUCUGCCUACCUGACGGUGCAGUAUCCUGCCCGCGUGGUGAACAUGCCCCCCGUCAUCUAUGUUCCCAUCGGGAUACAUGGAUACAUCCGCUGCCCGGUCGAGGCAGAGCCCCCGGUCACGCUGGUCAAGUGGAACAAAGACGGACGUCCCCUGCGAAUCGAGAAGUAUUCUGGCUGGAACCUGCUGGAAGACGGGUCGAUCCGGAUAGAGGAGGCAACCGAAGAUGCUCUCGGCACUUACACCUGUGUGCCUUAUAACGCCCUGGGUACGAUGGGCCAGUCUCCCCCUGCCCGACUGGUACUGAAGGACCCCCCCUAUUUCACGGUGCUACCAGGCUGGGAGUACAGACAGGAGGCAGGGAGGGAGCUGUUGAUUCCUUGCGCUGCUGCCGGAGACCCCUUUCCCAUCAUCGCCUGGAGAAAGGUCCUCUCGAAAACGGGGGAACCGGCUGCCUUGCCACGACCGGAGAGACCAGAUCCCUUGCCGGUGGCCGGCGGUGUCCCCUGGGCCGCGCAGGUAGGGAAGCCCAGCAGGAGCAAGCACAACACGCUGCCCGGCGGCACCCUGCAGAUCCGCUCCCUCGGCAAGGACGACCACGGCGAGUGGGAGUGCGUCGCCACCAACAUCGUCGCAAGCAUUACUGCCAGCACCCACCUUACCGUCGUAGGCACAAGCCCUCACGCCCCGACCGGCGUGCACGUUGUGGUCGCUAUGACCUCUGCCAAUGUCUCCUGGGAGCCCGGCUACGACGGUGGAUACGAGCAGACUUUCUCAGUUUGGUACGGCCCUCUGAUGAAGAGAGCCCAGUUUGGCCCCCACGACUGGCUGUCUCUCCCUGUGCCAGCUGGUUCCAGUUGGCUACUGGUGGAUACCUUGGAACCCGAGACCGCGUACCAGUUCAGCGUCUUGGCUCAAAACAAGCUGGGCACCAGCUCCUUCAGUGAGGUGGUCACUGUGAACACUCUAGCAUUCCCUGUAACAACUCCAGAGCCUCUGGUGUUGGUUACCCCACCGAGGUGCCUAACAGCCAACCGGACACAGCAAGGCGUCCUCUUGUCGUGGCUUCCUCCCGCUAACCACAGCUUCCCCAUUGACCGCUACAUCAUGGAGUUCCGCGUCGCGGAGAGGUGGGAGAUCUUGGAUGAUGGUAUCCCGGGGACCGAGAACGAGUUUUUUGCCAAGGACUUGUCCCAGGACACCUGGUACGAGUUCCGCGUCCUGGCGGUCAUGCAGGAUCUCAUCAGCGAACCCAGCAACGUUGCUGGCGUGUCCAGUACAGACGUAUUCCCUCAGCCUGACCUGACAGACGAGGGUCUAGCCCGCCCGGUGCUGGCUGGUAUCGUUGCCACCAUCUGCUUUCUGGCUGCUGCCAUCCUCUUCAGCACACUCGCCGCCUGCUUCGUCAACAAGCAACGCAAACGCAAGCUCAAGCGCAAGAAAGACCCUCCUCUCUCGAUAACCCACUGCAGGAAGAGUUUGGAGUCUCCGUUGUCUUCCGGCAAGGUGAGUCCCGAGAGCAUCCGCACCCUCCGUCCCCCCUCGGAGUCCUCUGACGACCAGGGCCCGCAGGCCAAGCGGAUGCUGAGCCCCACCAAGGAGAAGGAGCUCUCCCUUUACAAGAAGACCAAGCGAGCCAUCAGCAGCAAGAAGUACAGCGUCUCCAAGGCGGAGGCCGAAGCCGAGGCCACCACUCCCAUCGAGCUCAUCAGCCGCGGGCCGGACGGCCGCUUCGUCAUGGACCCGGCGGAGAUGGAGCCAUCCCUGAAGACGCGGCGGAUCGAGGGCUUCCCCUUCGUGGAGGAGACGGACAUGUACCCCGAGUUCAGGCAGUCGGACGAGGAGAACGACGACCCCGUCGUCCCGGCCUCGGUCACCGCCCUGAAAGCUCAGCUCACCCCUCUCUCCUCCAGCCAGGAGUCCUACCUUCAGCCACCAGCAUACAGCCCCCGGUUCCACCGGGCGCUGGAGGGUCCCGGCGCCCUGCAGGCCACCGGCCAGGCCCGCCCGCCGGCCCCCCGGGCUUUCCACCACCAGUUUUACGGUUACCUCAGCAGCAGCAGCCCCGGGGAGGUGGACCCGCCGCCCUUCUACAUGCCAGAAGUCAGCCCGCUGAGCUCGGUCAUGUCCUCCCCGCCGCUGCCCCCCGAGGGGCCCUUCGGACACCCCACCAUCCCCGAGGAGAACGGGGAGAACGCCUCCAACAGCACGCUGCCCCUGGCCCAGACCCCCACGGGGGGCCGGUCCCCCGAGCCCUGGGGCAGGGCCGAGUUCCCCUUCGGCGGCCUGGAGCCGGCCCCCGCGCCGUUCCCCCACCAGCUCCAGCCCUGCGAGGCGGCCGAGGGCGCCCAGCCCACCGGCUGCCUUCCUCGGGGGCCGCCCCCCUCCUCCCUCCAGGUGGUCCCCGCGUCCUACCCGGGCAUCCUGCCCCUGGAGGCACCAAAGAGCUGGACCGGCAAGUCGCCCGGCAGGGGCCAACCCUCCGUGCCCACCACCACCAAGUGGCAGGACAAACCUAUGCAACCCAUGGGAUGUCAAGGGCAGCUAAGACAUACCAGCCAAGGUAUGGGCAUACCCGUGUUGCCUUACCACGAACCGUCCGAGCCCGUCGGCCCCAGCGGCACAAGCACAUUCGGCCUGGACACCAGGUGGUACGAGCCCCAACCCCGACCUCGGCCCAGCCCUCGGCAGGUCAGGAGGGCCGAGCCCAGUUUACAUCAGGUGGUGCUACAACCUUCGAGGCUUUCUCCUCUGACCCAAAGCCCCCUCAGCUCCCGCAACAGCUCCCCGGAGCUGACCGCCCGCGCCCGGCCCCGGCCGGGCCUCAUCCAGCAGCAGGCGGAGGUGUCGGAGAUCACCCUGCAGCCCCCGGCGGCCGUCAGCUUCUCCCGCAAGUCCACGCCGUCGACGGGAUCCCCAGCGCCGAGCAGCCGGGGAGGCAGCCCCAGCUACCGACCUACCGCCGCCUUCGCCUCCCUGGCCACCGGCUACUCCGGCUCCCAGGGCUCCUCCCUGCCCGUGGACACCAUGGACGUGUUCGGAGACAUCCCCUCUCCGAGGAGGGCCGGCGAGGAGAUUCUGCAGCCGGAGCCGACAUCCACCACGGUAGCCGCCACGGGAAAAUGUCCAUCUCCGUCCGGGGACGCUGCUGCACCUGAGAGGCUCGAAGCUCUGAAAUACCAGCGGAUAAAGAAGCCCAAAAAGUCAUCCAAGGGCUCCUCGAAAUCCAGAAAACAAUCCAACGGCUCUGCCUCCCAGGUUCAGCACCUUCCCAGCUCUCAGGUACUGUGGCCUGACGAAGCUGUCUGCCUCCGCAAGAAGAAGAGACAUCCUCGUCAGGACCCCUUCGCCCGCCUCUCGGCGCUGAAGGACGACCUCUGCCACCGGCAGCUCCCCGAAGACCAGACAGCCAUUCUCAACAGCGUGGACCACGACGACACCGGCGGGCACGCCACGUUGCUUUAGCCUAGCGCCGGCCCGAGAAGCGCGUGUUUAGGGAGAAAGUGUGGAAUUGAGCAGCUGGCCCUCAAUCGCCGGAAGAAAUUAAAUGACACAGGGUGUAAUUAAUUGACAAGAAACUAACAACCUAGACGGGAACUGGUAAUCCUAUGAAUCUGAUUAUGAUAAAAACACGACCAAAUAAUCCCAGGAAAGCUGUAAUUGUGAAAAUCUCCCUGCCUCCCCCUUCCCAGACUCCUUUUAUGUGAAGAUAACAGCAACAAAACCAUCCGUGACAUCUUUCCUUACCUAUCUCUGAAAGGGAAAACCAGAAAGACCCCGAGCCUUUGAAUUGGUCUGAGAAGUGAGAAAUCGCCAUUUGUCUGUGCAAAUGCAUUUGAACCUUGUUAACGCGUACUCACCACUGUGCGAGCACGCAGGUAUGGGACUGUUUUUAUCCAGGGGUGUUUUCCCCCAAGUAUGGUGUGUGUCAGCUUUGAUGAAGGGUGGUUUUGAUUAGUUCUUCCCAACAUGCCGUAUAUCGCUGGCGAAUGUUCUUCAGUACUGUGUAGUAACGUGAUUUCUUACUAUGGUAACGUUUGUAAUCUUUAUUCAUAACUGCGAAACGGGGAGAUGCUGCUGCAGGUGUGCGGGCGAAGGGGGUUUGGCUGCAUGGUCCCAAAAGCCUCUGUCGGCAGAUGCUGAGCCCAGGCGAGAGCAGCUGGAAAAUCCCCGGCUCUGCGGAUGGAGAUGGAUGGCUCCUUGGUGCGACCGCGCAAAGCUAAGCCCGGCGUUUCGCGUCAGCUUAAAAUGCAUUGCUGCUGGUUUCACUGUUUUCCCUUUCUUUUUCCUGCUCCAGCCUGGCCGUGUAGGCUGUGACACCCUCCGGGGUUUUGUCCCUCCCUUUGCCCCAUCCAAGGAGACCCGCUGUUCCCCUCUCGGUAAAGCUGUUCUAACUCUUCACCAGAAUGUAUUUCCUCUUCAAAAUACUUAGGGUAGGUUUGGCGGCCGGUGGUUUUCUGGAUUGCAUAGGCCUUUUUUUUUUUUCUUUUUCUUUUUUUUUUCUUUUUUAGCAGGAAAGGUGUAGCCUGCUCUGAGAAGAGCCGGGCUUGCUUUCCUGCUCUGCCUCCACUCUCUGACUGCGUGGCCUUGGGCAAGUCACUCAACCUCUCUGUGCCUCAGUUCUCCCAUCUGUAAAAUGGGGAUAAGUCAUAUUUGAGCACUUUGGACAAGCACUUGGUUCCUACAGACUGCAAGUGCUACGUAAAUGCUGAGUGCUAAUAGCAAGUGAUCCCUACCUUUAAAAUACUUAGAGAUUUUUUUUUUUUUGAAGUGGUAAAAUCAACCGCUGCAUCCAGGUUUGCACAUUUCUUCCUCUGCGGUAAAGUGCUAAACCCUCCAGCCUGCCUGGGAAUAAAAUACCAAAUGUUUCACGUGGAUAUUCUUGCUUUGAGUGGAUUCAGGCUGUAAAAGAAGCGUCAGGAGAAUCGAAGAGCCUGUAGGCAUGUUUUUUGCCCCAGGCUCUCCAUUUGCAUGGGAAACUUUUGUUUAUUCCCAGGUAGAAUUGCCAAGAGAUUCUCUGCAAUCUCGCCUUUAAUUCUGCUUUGCCUUGGUUAUUGCUCUUGCUGCUGGUUGAACCUCGAAGGGCUUAGAUGUUUGGAGAAAGACGCCAGCUCUCAGCCGGACGGUCGGGUUAUGGCCACUCCGACCACACCACAGUCCCCGGGAGCUUUUAGGUCGGAGCCUGUUUAUCGCUCUGCCUAGAAAUACCUGGUUUUAGAGGUUGUGCUUCCUCUUCCAGCAGGACGCUCGGAAACCUGCAACCACAAAAAGCAGAGCACCGCGUCUUUUCUGAUCUCGAAGCCCUCACUUAGGUUUGAACCGCUUGACAAUGAAUCCUUGAAAUCGAUAGCGAGAUAUUUCCGAGCAUUAACAACUUUGUGUAGGUGGUCUUCAGACCGUGAGCAGGUUUGUCUCGGGAAGGAGGGAGGGUCUCGUGGAAAUGCCCCUCUCUUUCCAGCCUGCACCAGGGCUUUUUAUUGAGUAUGUGACGAGUGACCUGAUGUAAGACCCUCAACUAUCAGAGUGAGAAUUCAACUUCGCUAACAGUAUGACUGCGAAUUUCUUUUAUUUGAGUGUGUUUUAGGGAUUUCCCUAGAAUCCGCUCGGAUCUGACUUGAAUUAAUGCCGUUCGCCCGCUCGGCAGCGGGGAAAACUCUGCCUGGCUAACUUCAGCUCGCCGGUAACUUCAGCGGCAGCGGCUCUUGCCGCGCGGAGGCGAGCCGGGCUGCUCCUGACGGACAGGUGACAAUCGGGGCCGGGGAAUGCCCCGGCUGGGGGGAGGCCUGGAGGCUUUGUGCUGGCCGUGCCGCAGCUGACUUGCUCUUCCUUUUUGCUCUCGUUGCCUCAACCUCUCUAACAGAAGGUUGGUUUUUCAUUUGAGUGCUUUCCAAACUAUUUAUGACGCCCGUUCGCGCGGGCAAGGCGGUGUCUUCAGGCUCUUGAGGUCGCUACCUCGGGACCGUGCCCCCAUCCCGUCUUAAGGAGCUCUAGAGGACUUGGAGCGCAGGGAAGGUUGAUGGAGCGUGCCAGCUUGCUGGGUCAGUCUUUUGAGAGUUGUUUUCCUUUUGCAGGUGUUUUGAGCCGCUGGGCCCCCUGCUUUUCAUGGUCUUCGACCUUUAGAGGCUGGAGCUGCAGCCCUCUCUCUUUCAGCCGUGUACCUGCCACGCUGCUGGAGUGGGAAAUCCCGCCCGGGCGCCUCGUGGAAGCGGCUCUUCCCUAAAACCAUCCUUAACUCCUUUCCCCGCUAGACCGAGUUACCUUCCGAUAGACUCAGGCCGUGCUUUGGCAGACGGGCUCACCUCUUGCUUUGGCAACCUCCUCGCUUCUCCCAGCCCUCUGGUUUCCAUGCCCUUCAGGGGGUCGCUCCUCUCUCCUCCCGUGGACCUGGGACAUCGAAGCUGUGUCAGACGAUGCCAAACGCUUCCCCCAUUUCAUCCCUGUUUGAACUCCGUUUCGCUUUGGUGGUUUGCAAACACAGCUGCUGUUGCUUCAUUUUUUUUUUUUUUUUUUUCUUUCAUGCUGCAAAAUAUAUCUUGAUUUUUAUCUUCCUGGGCCAAACUCUCUUAUUUUGUAAGCUUGUCUGAGGUAGACGGCUCUUGUUUUAUCAGUAAGCGUACAAUUCCUCCUUGCACGUUGCGAACGUGACGCGUUUCAUUAGGUCCCUUGGAAAAUCCUGGGCCACGGUGAAAAAACACCUCUGAAUUGUAAGAAUAUUUGUCCCCGGGCUCUGCCGAGGCCUCGGUGCAGUGGGCGCCAGCCCUGCUUUGGGUGGUCCUUGCUGGUGCCUCCGCCUGCGAGGUGGCCGUGGUGGGGACGUUCCAGCGCCGUUUUCGUGCCGCCGUGGGGGUUGCAGGAUUCAGCCGCCCCGGGCCGGGGGAGGUAAAGCGGAGAGGUAGGUACGGGGGUGUCGCUGGGGUCCCUCGGAAAGAGGGGGUGGUCGUGGGGUGCCGUCCCUCGCCCCCUCUCCAUCAAAUGUGUGCCAUCCCGUUGCAGGCAGGCGGUGGGGCAGAGCGAACGCUUCGCCUGGUUUUCCGGCGGGAGCUGCUUGAGCGAUCGAGGAUGCCUAUUUUUAAGGUGACUUUGCUGUGCAAACCCACAGAGGCUUGGUUUUGCAAUGUUGACGUGAAUGAAAACGCAAGUUAGUAAGUAAGGAGAGAGGGAGGGUUUAGGGCUCGCUUGCGGGGCCCCGUUUCUGUGCCUGCCGUUAAUUGCGUCCGUGGGCAAUUGGAGUGAUGGGUUUGUAGGAUGGGGGGAGCUGGAGGGUCCUGGGGUCUCUUCCCAGCUCCGCCACACACCUGCACUAGGAACCUGGGCUGGAGCCCUUGGUGGAAGGCACCGGCAUCCCCGGACCGCCAACACAGUUUGUGGUCUCGCCGGGUGGGUGCGUGGGUUCCCCCCGGGCAGAGUGGUCCCCGUGAGCUGGUGGGGAGUGUCUCUGUGAGCAGGGAUGCUUUUCCCAGGGUAGGACGCUCACUGCUGUUCCUGUGUGUCGGUCACUCGUGACUUGGAGGCUGGUUUCGGUCGCUGGUGGGCUCCAGGCUGUUGAUCUGGCGUUUGUCUCUUUGUCAGCUGGUUCGGUGCCACCCGCUUUGGAGGAAGGCUGGAGGUGAUGGUGUUUGGAUAUAUAAAUGUAAAGGGAAUAUAAAGGGAAUAACAGCUUUGCCGUACCUACCUCCAGGCGUGUUUGAGGGCUUAGGGUUUGUGCUCAGCAGCCCAGGCACGGUCCCGGCAGGGCUUAGUCGUGUCUUGGGGCAUCCGGGCACGACACACGCAUUCGAGACUUAUUGCUGCAGUCUGUAUUAGGACGAAAUCUGCCUGGCAUUUGGGUUUCUCCUGCUUCAGGCAGUGAUGUAGAUUUGGGAGUUCUCCGACUUUUGGGUUGGUUUCAGCUGUAGUUCUUGGCUGGGGGUAUUUUUCAGCAAGGCUGGACCGGCUGCCGGCUGCCUUCAGGGAUUUCCACACAUCCCGCGUGGGCUCGCUGUGGCCCCGGGCUGGCAGAGUCGAUGCUUUUUGUAGAAGGAAAUCUUUUUAAGGAACCAGAGUAAAAUGCAACUGUAUAUAUGAGAUAUAAAUACAUAGAGAAGCGUAGGACAAAGAUAGAUAGGUAUGCAGAAGUCCAGUAGAUUUGCAUGUCGGGGGUAUGUUUGUCUCUAGGGGAGAGUGUUUAGAGCCACGGUGGAGGGGGGGGAUUGGGAUGGGCAAAGUCGGGUAGGGGCUGGGAGCAGCCGGAGCCCGGGGGGGAUUUGGGAAUGGACAGGCACAGCUGCCCCACGGCAAGCGUGACCUGCACUGCAUCCCUGCUGCACACGACAAGAUAGCUUUUUUUUUUUUAAUUUUUACUUCCCCCCCCCCCUUUUUUUUUUUUCUUUGUUCAUUGUAUGUGACUCACCCUUGGGCUGUGAUAUUGAGAAGCAGGAGUGACAGUUCCUCUCCUCUGCAUGUCCGACGCACGUGGGGCAUGACAUGGGAAAGAGACGUCACGUUGCCUCAUCUCUGGUGCAAUCGUUUAAAGAAAAAGCACCACUACACAGAAACCCUUCUCUGAAGUCCCUCUAGAUGCUGCUCUCCGGUUACUCAUGUGUAAGCAUUUUGCUUUGCAUCUCUUCUUCCCAGAAAAGCAUGAGUCAGAAGGGAUAAGAGGGAUACGGCUAAAUUUGUCCCUUGGGCUGAGGAACGUGGCGCCAGCCGUGCCAGCCAGUCCCAGCAGUGGCUCCUCGGCAGGACAGGAUGUUCUUCAGAGUGUCUCUAUUUUAUUUUAUUUUAUUUUAUUUUUAUUUUUUUUAAAAAACCUCAUUAGCAGGACUUUUUGGGUCUGAAGCAUAGAGGGGAUUUGUUCACCAACGAUGCUGGAGCCCGUACAGCCAAAGCGUCCAAUGGCUCCUGACACAGGGGUGGCCGAAUUCAGGCUGCGUGCCCGCUGCUCUCCAGGAGCCCAUCCCUGUGCUGUCUGGGCAUGGGGUAACCCUUAAAGAAAACAGGAUGUUUAGUCCCAUUUCCCCUCUUCAGCUUAGUGGUUUGGGUUUUUUUUGUUGGUUUUUUUUUUUUUUAAUUUUUUUUAAGUAUCUUUACUCCUCCCUGCCUCUGUUAGCAGAGGAGGAAAGGCUGGGAAGCCAAUUUGUUCCUGUUAGAGGUGACUGUUGAAAUCUGUUGGGGAAGCACAUGAGCCAAGUACUAGAGGCUGAGGAAGCAGCGAUGGCAUCUCUGACUUGCCCACGCCUGCGCCAGCAAAAGAAGAAACUUGGCGUUGCGCUUAAUUUCCAUCAACCUGUACAUCCCCUCACGGUGAGGACCGGUGCGGAGCUGCUGGUUUCUGGGAAAGGGGCUGGAGGUGGGAGCCUGUUCCCCUCCUUGGAUGCCAGGUUUCCCCGUUUUUCCUGUUUAUAUGUGUUUUGGCCUGCCAGGUUUGUGUUGUCUAAGCUGUCUGUUCCUCAUCAUUUGUGCGGCAGUAGGCGUCUUGCCCAGUGAUGCUGGGUAACCUCAGGAUACGUGCCGACGAGCAUCCCCAAUCCCCAGGGCUCUGGCUGUCUUUUGAUACGUGCAUGGAUGGACGAAGGACCGUACCUAGGGAGGGGGGGUGGGCAAGAGAAACGGGGGGCAGACAGGCUGGUCCGGGCUUAGGGGGUUCGGAUGUCAAAAGCAUGCACUGUAGUGGUAGCUAAGGAUUUUUAUACUGGUUGCAGUGGGGCGGGACACGCGGUAUGGAGGGGCUGGCAUCCCCCCGGGGAGGAGGGUUUGCCCAGAUUUUUGCUUUACCAUCGAAACGACAAUUUCUGUCCCAGGGGGGCUUUUAUUCUUGUUCUCCUGAGGUUACAGGGGACCAAGAGGGCUGCAAAGGGGGGUGCCCAGCUUCCUGGGACAAGGCAGUCCUGUGGUCUGAAAGCUCCUCUGAUUUCCACCCACUCCCCCCCAGCACUUACGUUAAAAAAAAAAAAAACAACAAAACAAAACAACCGACUUGCGAAAUGAGCCCCAGUAUCUCUAUCUAAAGAAAUGAUAUUGGUGUAUUGAAACUGCAUUGUAUAUAAAAUGAAACAAAUAUAUAUUUACUUUCUAUUUUAGAAGGGGGGGAGAAUAAAUAUUUAAAAUAAUUCCUUAGUAAUAGGUGUCAGAAACUUCUGUGCAGCAUGAGAGAGGCUGUCAGAGGUGGGGAGAGUCUGAACAGCGGGAGCAGAGCGAGUAUUUUUACAUUAUAUUGCGCUUUGGCUUCGCUGCUUCUCCAUCCACCUAUAAAUAGACAAAAAUAUAUAUACAAAUAUAUAUAUAUAAAAAAAAAUUAUAUAUAUCUAAGUCACAUAGCUGUUUUAUUUUUGUAUCCAUGCCUAGUGCUGUUUGAGCAAUACGGUGGCGAGGGAGAGGGGGGCUGGGCAAGUCUGGGGGGCUCGUGGGGGUCCACCGGCUCCGGCUGCCGUCCCGCCGCCGGCUCAGCGUUGCUGCUGUUUGCUGUCGCGUUGCUGUUUCGAUAGAGAAAAAAAUUGAAAAGGGAAAAAGCCCGGCAAUGGGGGGGGAGCCCGGGCACCCCGUUUGCUGCCAGCUUGCCCUGUGCCGCAGCGAGGUGAUGGUGUUUCCACCGAGGGCUGUGUCUUGCUUGGGGUUUGGGGUGUUUUUUUCUUUUUUUUUUUUUUUUUUUUUUCCCAGAGAAAUAAGACGAAUUUCAGCUCCAAGGGUGCUAUUUUUGGUGGGAAGGACCAGGCCGGUUGCAACCCGGCGGGGACGGGGAGGACUCUGCGGGGACGAGCUCCCCACGCCGCUACCUCGCCGGGUGCUGUCGGCCACCCAUCCUCACCGCCUUCAUAAAUCCUUAGGGUUUACGAAACCCUCGUACGGUUUAUGGAGCCCCGCAGAGCCGCCUGGGUCACCCCGGCGGCGUCUCCCCGGAUCCCCGCGCCCGGCCGGAGCAGGGCACCUUCUUCCGUAGGCACGUCAAUACCUCUACAACCGACAAAAGAUUUCCGACCAUCAGGGUUUUAGUGGUGUCGUGGAGGCUGCCGGUACCGGGCUGGGUGCCGGGGUGGGAUUCGGGGCUUUCCCUGCCCCGGUGGGUGAAACGGCGUCGAGCCCCGGCUUGGUGGGCAGCAGGCGCGGUGGGGAAGGUGCCGGGGGUGCUCGGGGCUUUUCCUGCAAAACAGUACGGACCCGCCAGCAACCCCCCCCCAACCCCCCAACCCUCUUUCCCCCCAUGCACGCAGGCGACGAGGGGGAGAAGAGCCAGUUUUUUGGGACUGAGCGACGCCAGCGAGUGGCGAGCCAUCCCCUCCGCCUUCCUCGGGCAAGGAUUUGGGGAUUGCCUUUGGGCAGCAGUGAGGGGGGGGCUUCUGCUCUCCUCGGGCUGGGUCUCCGUGGCUCUCGGCCCUGUGCGGCACCCAGAUGCUGGUUUUUGGGCUCAGACGUCCCUGCGGCGAGGCAGGGGACGGUGGUGCAGAGCCUGGGUGCUCCCAUCCCUCCGGGAUCGGGCAGAGGUCCCUUGCCGUUGUCAUGCCGUGUCCCUGACCGGCCGAGGCACGAAUGUAAUGCCCAGGAGCUGGCCCCCUCGCAGCGGCACCGUGUCCUCCAUAGGUGUCACCCGUAUUUUCCAUGAUAUUUCUGUCUUCUUCGUCGGGGGGGACGGGGAGGGGGGGUGGGGGGGGUGAUGUUUCUAAUAUCGAGCCAAGAUUUGUUCAGCACCAAUUCUUGAUAUCAAAGCAAAGCAUGUUUGAUGGGACUAACUUGCAUUUAUUAGCAGUAAAUACAUAAGUGAGUAUUUUAUAUGUUUAAAAAAAAAAAAAAAAAAAAAAAAAAGAAAAAGGACGUGAGGAGAAAGAGAAGGGAUGAGAUUUCUCACCGGUUGGUGUCCGGGCUGGGGGGCUGCAUUGCCCCCCGGCUGGCAGGGCUUUGGGGUAUUGCUGAGGGGUGGGCUGGGGGGCGGGCAGCUUUCUCCUUUCCCCAUCUCCCCUGGAAUCACUUACAGAAAAAAAACAGGAAAAAAAACCACAAAAAAAUGUUUACAAAGCACACUUUCCACAGUACCGUUAACCCUCUGGAUGCCAAACAGACACAUAAAGAGCCGUUCCUCCCCGGGCACUGUGCGAUGAAGGGGCGACUGUGCCAUCAGCAUCGUCCUGCUUCCCUUGGGUUUAUUUAUUUUUUUUUUUUUGUACGCGCAACCCCGCUUCCUCCAUCCACCGCAGCUGCGUGCAUCUGGCGGGAGCUUGCUUUUUUGGGGGGUGUUUGCUUCCUGCCCCCUCCCAGGCUCUUCCCACUCGGCUGUUGGGAGCGGUGGGAAGAGCUGUGUGGGAAAGCGCCCGUCUCCGCUCGGGGAGAUUUCGGCUCAGUGGGAGAUGCCGGCACCCCCUCCCUGCCCUCCCACGUGCACUUUAAGGCCAAACUUCUCUUUUUUUUCUCCACGGGGCCAGCGGAGAGCAGGCAAGGGAUGCUCCCGCAGCCCCAGGGGAAUGCAGGACCUUCCGUACGGCUGUGCGGGCUCCGGUCCCUUUGUGUUUCCCGCCUGGGAAAACCCUAUAGAAAUCCUCCUGUGGAAACACUUACAUCGCCGUAAGUUUGUCGAGCCAUCCUUUGGGCAUUCGGAGAUCACACCUGUGCGCCAGCUCCCGGGAAGCAUCCCUGGAUCCCCCGGGGAGCAUCUCCAGCUCUCCCAGGGGAGCAUCCCUGGCUCUCCUGGGGAGCCUGGACUUUUUAAUCCCCUUUGAUAGGUUUGUAGAGUCUCUGAACCCUGGUAGACCUCCAUAGGUAGCUCUUGAUUUAAUUGCCUCCUAACUUCAUAGUGUUUUCCCCUAAGGCAGGAUCUUCUUCCGGACCCAACAGGUCUCUGGUUGCAUGGGACAACUUUUUCCUCUUCUUAAGAAGAAUUUCUUGCCUAUGGAUAUAAAGACUAGACCAUCCAACCUCGUUUCCAUUUCUUGAAUGUCGAGUAUUACGAUGUAUAACACACGUUAGGGUGCUCUUUGGUGCUGUUUCAAUGGUAACCAGUGGAACUGACUUUUUUAAAUAACAAUAACAAUAAAGGAAACUUUAGUACCACUGGUUCCGUAAUGUUUGUCGUCGUGACUUUUUUUUUUCUCUUUUUGUUCUUUGUUUUUUUGGGUUUUUUUUAAUUUUUACUAAAAAGUGAGUAGCGAUCAGCUGCCGAAUCUCUGUGGUGUUGAUUUUACUGACUUGUGCACUGCGAACCGUUGGCCGCUGCCCGGCUGGGCAGCGUGGGCGGCUGCUGCGAGCCGGGCGGGCUGUGUAACAGGUUGGUGGGAGUUGGGUUCGAGUCGCUUUGUUUUUAAAUUGCACACAGCAAAAAUAGCAUUUGAUGGGAGCCCAGACGGCAACUAGAGGGUUAAUUUUUGAACUUCAGGUAUGUUCCUCAAAAGAAGAAAAUAA